ACUUCAGAAAUCAGAAAGAAAAAAAAUUAAUCUCUUCUGUUCAAGAAAUUGAUCCAACAAAUGAAAGAUUACUCGAAGAUCGGCGACAAACUGGUGAUGCAGAGACCUAGACGACGAUUGGAAGGCACCGCCAUGGGCGCCACCGUGUUCGAUCUCCGUCCCGGCGUUGGCAUCGGACCUUUCUCUAUCGGAAUGCCGAUUUGUGAAGCAUUUGCUCAAAUAGAGCAGCAGCCUAACAUAUAUGACGUUGUUCAUGUGAAAUACUACGACGAGGAUCCUUUGAAACUGGAUGUUGUUAUUAGCUUUCCGGAUCAUGGGUUUCAUCUUCGAUUUGAUCCCUGGUCUCAGAGGUUACGGCUUGUUGAGAUAUUUGAUGUCAAGCGACUUCAGAUGCGCUACGCCACUUCUAUGAUUGGGGGUCCAUCAACUCUGGCCACGUUUGUCGCUGUUUAUGCACUUUUUGGACCAACCUUUCCUGGGAUUUAUGAUAAAGAAAGAGGGAUUUAUUCUCUGUUUUACCCGGGGCUAUCCUUCGAGUUUCCAAUUCCAAACCAGUACACGGACUGCUGCCAUGAUGGAGAAGCGGCACUACCAUUAGAGUUUCCUGAUGGCACCACACCAGUAACAUGCCGGGUCUCUAUAUAUGACAACUCAAGUGACAAAAAAGUUGGUGUCGGAAAAUUGAUGGAUAGAGCUUCUGUUCCACCUUUACCUCCUGGCAGUCUGUAUAUGGAAGAGGUCCAUAUCAAGCUUGGCAAGGAACUAUACUUUACUGUUGGAGGCCAGCAUAUGCCUUUUGGUGCAUCACCACAGGAUGUAUGGACUGAAUUAGGUCGACCAUGUGGGAUUCACCCAAAGCAGGUAGAUCAAAUGGUUAUUCAUUCCGCGUCAGAUCCACGACCAAAAACAACUAUCUGUGGUGAUUACUUUUACAACUAUUUUACUCGUGGUUUGGACAUCCUGUUUGACGGCGAGACUCACAAGGUUAAAAAGUUUGUUCUUCACACCAACUAUCCCGGUCAUGCUGAUUUCAACUCAUACAUAAAGUGCAACUUUGUGAUUUCUGGUGGAGAGGAUGGGGCAGAAGCAAACAGAGGUGGAAACAAGAUCACUCCAAGCACUAAUUGGGAUCAGGUCAAGGAAAUACUGGGGGAAUGUGGCCCAGCAGCUAUUCAGACGCAAGGCUCAACGAGUAACCCUUUUGGAUCCACAUAUGUGUAUGGCUAUCAGAAUGUUGCUUUUGAGGUGAUGAAGAACGGUCAUAUAGCCACUAUAACCUUGUUCCAGUCAUGAUGUGUAUACCACCGCUGAGGGGGCUCAAGAGGCUAUCUUCAACCAGACUCUCUAAAUCUAACGUCACAAGAAGCUACGAAAACUAUGGAUGAUACCAAAAACUACAAAUGUUGUACAGUUGUCUAGUUACUAUCACGGGUUAUCAAUAACAGUUACUCUGGUUA